AUGGCGCACCUCGGAUCUGAUGACGGCUCUGUUGGUAGUUCUGAACGGACCGUUUCCGAGGCCGCGCUUGUUGCACCGCUGCAGUCGGGGGUGUCUUUCUCUUCGGCGCAUCACUUCGUAUCCAUCAAGUUGACAUCCCGCAAUUUUUUGUUUUGGCGUACUCAGCUUCUUCCGUUCUUGGAUGGCCAAGGGUUGUUGGGUUUUGUCGAUGGUACUUCGGUAUGUCCGCCGAUCAUCGCGCUUGCCGUGCCGCCUGCCGAGGGAGCUGUUCCUGCCGUGCCUUCGUCGGCUUCGUCUUCCGCUGCUCGGAGUGCAUGGCUCCGUCAAGAUAAGGCCGUGCUCUCCUUAUUAAUCUCAUCCUUGUCCGACGAGAUGAUGCACCUCGCAAUCGGUAAGUCCACUUCUCGGCAUUUGUGGUUGGCAAUCGAACAGGUUCUUGGUUCGACUACACGGGCUCGUGCCCUCCGGUUGGUGGGCGAGUUGCAAGGAUUACGGCAGGGGGAUGCUUCGAUCCCGGACUAUCUUGGCCGUGCGCAGGUGCUUAUCGAGGAUUUAGCGCUUGCCAGCCGUCCGGUGACGCUAGAGGAUCAGAAUAUGUAUAUAUUCCGAGGCUUGCGGUCCGAAUAUCGUCCUUUGGUGGUGUCGCUCACAAGGGGUGCUCCGGUGUCUCUGUCCGAGCUAUCCGAUUUUCUUGUUUCGCAGGCUUUUAUAUGUGCCGAUGAUGCUAGUGAUGUUGCUGCUGCUCCGGUCGCCAUGGCGGCUCAGCGAGGUGGAGGCCGUUCGGGCGGGCAGCAGCGUGGAGGCGGCAACCGCGGCCGUGGUCGCAGCAAAGGGCGUGGCCGUGGUCGUGGCGGUGCCGGGGCUGUCCAGUGCCAGAUCUGCUCCGGCGAGGGCCAUUCGGCCGCUUCGUGCUUUCGCCGGUACGAUGGAGCUCCGGGGCCGAGAGCGCAUGUUGCGUAUCCUGUGGAUGAUGCGGCUUCGGUUAGCACUCAGCAAUGGUUUCCCGACACUGGUGCGUCGAACCAUGCCACCCCAGAUCCGUCUUUGAUGUCCUCGACGCUCACUUAUAACGGUCCGGAUCAUCUUCGUGUUGGUGACGAUAAGUGUUUACCUAUUGUUGGUACUGGUUCGUCUUCGGUAGCCUCUUCUAAAACACUGUUUCGGUUGUCUGAUGUUCUUUUUGUUCCUGGGCUUUCUGCGUGUUUAUUAUCUGUGCAACGGUUUGCCCGUGAUAAUAAUGUAUUCUUUGAAUUUCACCCUGAUUGUUUCUUUGUGAAGGAUCGUUCAACCAGGGAAGUUCUGUAUAGAGGGCAGGCUUCGGGGGGUCUCUAUUCUUGGCCUGUUUCUCGUUCGAGUCCCGCUGCGGUAGUGGCUUUGCGUGUCUCCUCUGACGUUUGGCAUGGUCGGUUGGGUCACCCUCAUCCUCGUGUCUUGCGGCAGAUUUUGAAUUCGUGUUCCAUUGAUUCUAGUUUUAGUAAUAGUUCGAUGUCGUGUCGUGCUUGGGGAGAGUAUAAACGGUUGCACCAUACUUUCGUCUCUUUGGGUAUCAAUCAUAGGCAAUCUUGUGCCUAUACCCAUGAGCAGAAUGGUAGAGUUGAGCGUCAGCAUCGUCACGUUGUGGAAAUGGGUCUGGCUCUCUUGGCUCAGGCUUCGGUUCCACAGCGAUAUUGGGAUUAUGCCUUUGAGACUGCGGUCUAUCUCAUCAAUAAAAUGCCUACUCGAGUUCUAGACAAUGUCAGUCCUCAUUAUCGUUUGCAUCAUUCUAAUCCUUCUUAUUCCUUCUUGCGUGUGUUUGGCUAUCCUGCUACUAACAAGGUAUUCAUUUGUCGUCAUGUACGGUUUGAUGAGACCGUAUAUCCGUUUGCUUCUUCUAUGCCUUCUCAAGUCUCUAGCUCUCGCCCGGUUGAGCCGUGGGGUGUUGGUGCCGUUCGGGUUGGUGUUGGCUCCGAUGUUUGUCCCACUGGACCUGAUCCUCAUCCGGAGUUGGACGCGGAUUCCGGGGCUGCCGCAGCUGGUUCAGAUUCUCGCACCGUGACUGCUACGGCUCCGGAAGGGGCGGUCUCGGGUGCUCCUACUGCGCCCAAGCGAGGCCGCCGUACGGCGAAGCCUGUUCAGCCUCGGUCUCAUGUCAUGGCAACCUGUUCUCAAGGACCGACGCAGCAUGUGGCUCUUAUGAUUGUUCCUGAACCGACUUGUUAUUCUCAGGCAGUUCGAACGAAGCGUAAGGCCGAUGGCACGAUUGAGCGGCACAAGGCUCGAUUGGUCGCAAAGGGUUUCAAUCAAGUCGCUGGGCAAGACUUUUUUGAGACUUUUAGUCCUGUUGUCAAACCCACCACCGUGCGUCUUCUUCUCUCUUUAGCCGUUUCUCGCGGUUGGGUCAUUCGGCAGUUGGAUGUUCACAACGCCUUCCUCAAUGGUAAUCUUGCAGAGACAGUUUACAUGAGACAGCCGCCCGGUUAUGAAGUCCAGUCACGGCCGGAUGAUGUGUGUUUGUUACAGAGGUCACUCUAUGGUCUUAAGCAGGCUCCUCGAGCGUGGUUCAAUAGGUUGCAUGCUUUCUUGGUGUCGGUUGGUUUUUCACCCUCCAAGACUGAUGUUUCUUUAUUCAUCUAUACUCGUGCCUCUAUUUGUUUAUAUUUGUUUGUCUAUGUUGAUGAUAUCCUUGUUAUGGGAUCUGAUGCUUCGUGUGUUACUCGGCUUCUUACUGACUUAGCCUCGGAGUUUAAGAUUCGUGACAUGGGUGCUCCGUCUUUUUUUCUUGGCAUUGAGACGGUCUCCAAGGAUGGUGGUUUGUUUCUUUCUCAGCAGCGAUACAUGCGAGAUAUUUUGAGCCGUGCAGGUAUGGUGGACUGUAAACCGUUGGUUACUCCGAUUCCUGUGUCCCGUCCUUCUUCUGAUUCUGUGGUUCCCUAUGCGGAUCCCACGCAGUAUCGCAGUCUUGCUGGGGCUCUACAGUAUCUUACUGUUACUCGUCUGGAUCUCUCUUUUGCCGUGAAUCGGGUCUGUCAGCAUAUGCACUCUCCAACCACUGAGCAUUGGGCUAUGCUCAAGCGUGUUCUGCGGUAUGUAAAAGGAACUCUGCACUUUGGUCUUUUUAUUCAUCCUUCCUCCUCUGUUGCGGUUCAUGCCUUUUCGGAUUCGGACUGGGCUGGUGAUCCAGCUGACAGGAAGUUUACUAGUGGUUUUGCGGUUUUUCUUGGUGGCAAUCUGAUUUCCUGGUCUUGUCGGAAGCAACGCACGGUUGCUCGUUCGUCUACAGAGGCUGAAUACAAGGCUCUGGCUAAUGUCUCUGCGGAGGUCACCUAG